UUAUUAUUUAUUUAUUCAUUCAUUAAGUAAAAGUGCAAAAAGUAUUAUCAUACUAUGCUUAAAACACUAAAACUACUCAUACAACUGGAUGAUAAUUCAAAUGUAAUUGUUUGCAUCUGUAUAUGGUGAAGCUGUCUUUAAUGUACUUUUUUUUUUACUGUUGGGUGUCUUAUUCCAUUAAAGUACUUCAUCAUCCAGAAGAUGAUUUAAAUGAUUUAUUAAUGAUAUGAAUCUGCAAAGUAUGAGUAAAUGUACUCAGUUACUUUCCCUGACAGACAUCUCUGCAGAGAGUAUAUUUAUUUUGUUUAAAACUCUUAAUGACACAAAAAGCCAACCUUUUUUUCUAUCAGAGCACUUAAUCUCAAACAAAUCAAUAAGAGCUGAUGUGUAGUUGUAGAUUCCCCUCCGGCUCCUUCAGUUUCAUUUCAGUUUUGUUCUGCCCUUUAAAAGCAGGAGAGGCAGAACUGAAAGUGUACUUGAACGCAGCAGCAACAGAACAAGAUGUUACUGAUCCUCACCAUGACUGCUUUGCUGUUUACAGCAUCCAUGUCGCAGAUUACUGGUUAUGGAAAUACGACAGUGGCAUAUGGACGGGAUUCCAAAUAUGGAUGUGCUGUAGCCAACCCGACAGGUGUGCAGCAGGUGACAUGGCAAAGGUUUUUCCCGGACAGGCCCAUAGAGAAUUUAGCGACGUUCAGUAAGCGGUUUGGGGAGCAUGUGAAUGAUCCCUACAGAGGGAAGGUGAUCUUCACAGAGGCGACGCUCAGCUCAUCUUCCAUCACUCUGGCCAACGUCACCUGGGCGGAUGAAAGCUGUUAUAUCUGCGUCUUCAACGUGUUUCCUGAGGCGUCCAUGAGGAAGCAGAUAUGCCUCACAGUGCAAGGAAUAUCCAGUUUUAAAACAGAAGUGCAUGCUCCCAGCAGUGACCCUGAGGAAGAGGAGGAAGAAGAGGUUGUGUUCAGCUGCUCUGCUACAGGAAAACCAGCUCCAACCAUACAGUGGGACAUCCCUUCUGAAGCCACCCACACACACCGGCAGCUGAUCACUACAGUAGCAAAUGGAGACCAGACGUUUACCAGCAGCAGCAACAUCACACUGCGACUCCCUGCUGGGAGGGAAGGACAUGUGGACUGCCUGCUGAACAGUGGAGCCAUGGGACAGAGGAGGGAGAGGAUUCCCUUUUAUUUACCUGCCAGGGAAGAGGAAGGGAAAACACAGUCCACCUCAGGGACUGCACUUGUGACUUCUGCUGUAGUUUCAGUCACUUUCAUCAUCAUCAUCAUCAUCAUCAUCGUUGUUGUUGUUGCAAUAAAGCGAACAAGGUUAAGGAGACCAGAAGAAAGGAAAAUGGGCAAUAAUGAUUUAAAUUUAGUUUUAAUGUAACCUUUAAUAGUGUUUAAUAUAAAAGCUGCAAACCAAGGAUCACAGAUAGUAUUUAAAACAUUUCUUUGUAAUUUAAUUAUUCAGCACUUUAUGCAUCAGCAAAGUUCAGGAGUGGUCAAAUGUUUACAAAAGGAUUUUUUCACUGUCUACUUUCAAGUUUAAUCCAUCACAUGUAGAAAGCACUUCGCUGUUAUUCAGGGUGAGAGUGACGGCAGCAUAGUGCAAUAUAAAAGGUUUUCAUUAACAGGAAGAUAUGAAAAACUGUUUUGGUGCAAGGUGUGCUGUGUGGGGAAGAAAGAGAAAGCAGGAAGAAAAUCACAGGAAGAAAAAUAUAUAUUAUUGUGUUAAUUUUGCAGCAAAUUUGACCUCUAAUUAAGUUGAUUAUAGAGCAAACCAGGUGAUUGUUUAAGUCAACAAUAAGAAUCUAUAUUUAUUAUAUUUAUUAAUUAUACAUCAUAUUUAACAUCAUAUAUGGCGUGUGGCGCAGUGGGUAGAGCCUUGGUGUUGGGAUAAGGGCAGCACAGGUUCAAACCCCACUGCAGUCAGCAUGUCGUUGUGUCCCUGAGACACUUCACCCCAAAUUGCUCCUGUGGGGAUUGUCCACAGUAUUGAAUAUGUAAGUCGCUUUGGAUAAAAGCGUCUAACAAGUAACAUGUAAUAAUGAUAAUAUAUGUAUGUUGCUGCUAUUUUGCACUUUUCUGGCAGUUUUGCACUUUAACGUUUCUGUCCAAAUGUUAUUUAUUGCACCACAGACAUAUUUCCUCAUAAACUGUAACUGUAGGGCUCUAUAUGUGUUAAAAAGCUAAUUGUGUGUAUUCAUUUACUGUUGCAUCACUGUUUUACACUGGAUUAUUAAACUAUUAUCUGCAAUAUG